ACGAGUUCCGGCGGCAGUGCUCCGGAGGCUUUCCUUGCGGCGGGGCUUUCACGUGGGACGCUGAGCUGGGCUUUAAAGGGGGCCCAAUGGGGAAAGCGGGGAAGCGACGGAACUGGAAGGCUCGGGUGCCGAGGGGGGAGCCUGCCCCUGCCCCGGAACCCCCCGUGCGAGUGGAACUGGCCGAUGAAGCCAUCUUGAAAGGGGUGGAUGGAAGCAAUGCGCUGGUUCUUCCGUCGCGAAAAACCAAAGAGAGAAAAGAAAUAUGUGACAAACGCCCAGAAAAGAAGCCCCUGAGCAAGAAGCAGAAGAAGAUCCUGCAGAAGGUUUUGGAGCAGAAAGCAAAGAAAGAAAAGCGAGCUGAGUUGCUGAGAAAGCUGAGUGAAGUCCAGGCUUCUGAGGCUGAAAUGAAAUUGCUGUACACCACUUCCCAAAUCGGGACAGGAAAGCGGAUGUACCAGACUAAAUGUGCCUUCCAAGAAGCAAGUGUCUCCUGUCCAGAAAAAAUAAGAAGUGUUGGGGGUGCAAAUAGGAAAAGAUUCAGACUUGAACUUGAGCCAGAGGAGGAAGAACAUGGGAAUUCUGAAGAGGAAGAUGAAGAUGAAGAUGAAGAGGAGGAGGAGGAGGAACAGAUUGAAAAGUCAACCCCAGAAGUCUCUAAUGACAAUGUACCACUCAGUCCUCCAAUGAACAUCAUUACGUCUCCACCCACCAUCCCAAAGCAGCAUAGAUCACCUUCAAAACCCUCUGCAGAACCUGCAGUUUUUAUCCCAGUGGACAGAUCUCCUGAGAUUCAGGAAGCCAGGUUGAAGCUCCCAAUCCUUGCAGAAGAACAAGUCAUUAUGGAAGCCAUUAAGGAGAACUCGGUUGUCAUCAUAUGUGGAGAAACCGGCAGUGGAAAAACAACACAAGUGCCUCAGUUUCUCUAUGAGGCAGGAUAUUCUAGCUUUGAUGGCAUAAUUGGAAUCACAGAACCCCGGCGUGUGGCGGCAGUGUCAAUGUCACAACGUGUUGCAGCAGAAAUGAACUUGUCACAUCGGGUGGUCUCAUACCAAAUCCGCUAUGAAGGAAAUGUGACAGAUGAUACCAAAAUCAAAUUCAUGACAGAUGGUGUGCUGUUAAAAGAAAUCCAGAAGGAUUUUUUGCUGUCUAAGUACAGAGUCGUCAUUCUUGAUGAAGUCCACGAAAGAAGCGUGUACACAGAUAUUUUGAUUGGCCUUUUAUCUCGCAUUGUGCCCCUUCGGGCGAAGAAAGGACAUCCAUUGAAGCUGAUCCUCAUGUCUGCUACACUGCGUGUGGAAGAUUUCACUGCCAACAGCAAACUGUUCUCUGUGCCUCCUCCUGUUAUACAGGUGGAUGCAAGGCAAUUUCCUGUGACAGUUCAUUUCAACAAGAGGACUCCACUGGAUGAUUACAAUGGAGAGUGUUUCAGAAAAGUUUGCAAAAUCCACCGCAUGUUGCCUCCAGGGGGCAUCCUGGUAUUCCUCACUGGUCAAGCCGAAGUGCACUCGCUGUGUAGGAACCUGAGGAGAUCGUUUCCUUUCCGGAGAAAUGCACCCCAGGGUGAUGAAGACAAAGAAGAUUCUGUUGAAGCAAUCCAAAGAUUUAAGAAAUCUAGAAGGAAGAAAAUGACGGUGCUGCCCAAAAUUGAUCUGGAUAACUACUCUGUUAUGCCAGUUGAUGAAGGAGACGAGGACAGAGAUGCAGCAGCUGAUGAUGAUGAAGAGGCUGACAUUGCAGGCUCUGAUCUUGAUCUGGAUUUGGGCGACAGUUGCUUGGAAGAAGAAGAGAAACAGGAUUCCUCCCUCCCACUCUAUGUUCUUCCCCUCUACUCCUUGCUGGCACCUGAAAAACAAGCCAAGGUUUUCAGGCCACCCCCUCCUGGGACAAGACUGUGUGUUGUUGCCACCAAUGUGGCCGAGACAUCUCUGACCAUCCCUGGCAUCAAGUAUGUGGUUGACUGUGGGAAGGUCAAGAAACGUUUCUAUGACAAAGUCACCGGAGUCUCCUCUUUCAAAGUCACCUGGAUAUCUCAGGCCUCUGCCAACCAGCGCGCUGGCCGAUCUGGACGGACAGAACCUGGCCACUGUUACAGGCUCUACUCUUCAGCUGUCUUCAGUGACUUUGAAGAGUUCACUGCUCCUGAGAUCACCAAGCGACCUGUUGAAGAUUUGAUUCUGCAGAUGAAAGCUUUAAACAUUGACAAGGUGAUCAAUUUCCCCUUUCCAACUCCUCCGCCGACUGAUGCACUUGUAGCUGCUGAGGAGUUGCUGAUAGCCCUUGGGGCCUUACAAGAACCCCCCAAAUCUGGAAGAAUGAAGAAGCUGCAGGAGGCAAAGCUGAGCUGUCCCAUCAGUUCCCUUGGGGUGAUGAUGGCAGCAUUCCCCGUCUCUCCUCGCUAUGCAAAGAUGCUGGCCCUGAGCAAACAGCAUGGCUGCCUGCCCUAUGUCAUCAUCUUAGUGUCAGCCUUGACAGUUCGAGAGUUCUUCGAAGAGUUCAACAGGCCUGCUGUUAGUGAAGAAGAACAAGACAAACUUAAGGGGAAAAGAGCACGAAUAGUACAGAUGCAACGGAUCUGGGCUGGACAAGGGCCCUUCCAGAAGCUAGGAGAUCUCAUGGUGAUGCUAGGAGCUGUGGGUGCUUGUGAAUAUGCUGGAUGCACACCUCAAUUCUGUGAGGCAAAUGGCUUGCGCUACAAAGCCAUGAUGGAAAUCAGGCGCUUGCGUGGGCAGCUAACAACAGCAGUGAAUUCCAUCUGCUCCGAUGCUGGCCUCUUUGUUGAUCCCAAAAUGAAGCCCCCAACCGAGACGCAGGUGACCUUCUUGAGGCAGAUAGUCUUGGCUGGACUGGGAGACCAUGUUGCCAGAAGAAUCCAAGCAGAGGAACUUCUAGAUGAGAAGUGGAAGAACAGUUACAAGACCCCUCUUCUGGACGAUCCAGUCUUCAUCCACCCUAGUUCCGUUCUCUUCAAAGAGCUCCCUGAGUUUGUGGUUUAUCAGGAAAUCGUUGAAACCACCAAAAUGUACAUGAAAGGUGUUUCGGUGAUUGAACCAGAAUGGAUCCCACUCCUUUUGCGUCCAUACUGCCAUUUUGAAAAGCCAGUGGAGAACCCGCCCCCUUCUUACUGUCCUGAAACGGGCCGAGUACACUGCCACAGAUCAAGCGUCUUUUAUCGAGUUGGCUGGCAGCUCCCUGCUGUGGAGGUGGAUUAUCCAGAAGGCCUUGAGCGCUACAAAUAUUUUGCCAAGUUUUUCCUGGAAGGGAAAGUGUUUAAAACGUUGGCCACCUAUAGCCGCUGCUUGCUGUCCAGUCCCGCCACAAUGCUGAAAACAUGGUCCAAGCUCCAACCAAGAACAGAAACCCUUCUCCAAGCUCUUGUUUCUGAAAGUGCUGAUAAUCGGGACACUUUACUCACUGCCUGGAAGAAGAACCCAAAAUAUCUGUUGACAGAAUAUUGCCAGUGGAUCCCAGAAGCAACACACAAAGAUGUAUCUAAAAUCUGGCCCCCUGUACAGUAAUGCUGUGCCUUUUCAAGCAAAGGUGUGCUCCAGUUCGGCUCACCCACCCCCUUCUGCAUAACCCCAUCCAGGAACCAGUGCUGGCUGUGAAAAUGCAGAAGGGAAAAGCCAUGCCUGUAUUUGGAAGGGAGUAGAGGGCAUGAGAAAAAAAGGAAAGAAAAGCAAAAGAGGAAGAGUAAAGGGAAAGGAAGGGGGUGUUCACUUGCUCCCAAGGAGCAGCUUUAUGUGGUCUUGUGCAAACUUGUUAUGCUUCCAUUUAAGGCAGGCACCAAAUCUGCGCACAGAAAGGGAGAUGCAUCCACAAGUAUUUUCCCUCCAUUAGAUAGAAUGGGGAAGCCCUCUCUUGCAUUGUAUGUGGGCAGUGCAUCAUGUAAAAUCAAAAUAAAUCACUAAGUGAUGAUACAGCAUGUGCUAUUUUAAUACAUUGGCCUUUACAGGGUAGGCUGGACUCACAAGAUGGUUGGACUCCUGACCAAACACAAAUUAUAACACAUUUGUUCUCUCUGGUUUGCUUGGGUUUCUUUUUUGAAGAGCUAAGCAGCCAAAUCCAGCAAGGUGGUCAGGAUAAAGGGAAAUCCUAUAUCUUUAAUACUGGUCGAAGAAGAGGCGUUUGGGAAGGCACAGUUUUUUUGGCCUCUACAUGAUAAACAGUAUCUCCCAAGAUGCCCUUAGCUCUUAAAAUUUCUAAGAACUGCUCCAUACCUUUUCCAUCUAGUCACCCUAAAGUAUCCUUCCUCGACCAGGUGCCCUCCACAUGUUUUGGACCUCGACUGCCAUAAAUCUCAGUGGUCAGGAAUUCUGACAGUUACAGUGCAAAUUAUUUGGAAGGCACCAGGUUGCAGAAAGCUGCCUUAAAGAGAAUGUGGGGAAACAGGUAAAACUGGAAGGUGUUCCGUAUUACAGUUUGGGAUUUGAGGUUGAUCUGAAGAGCCCAAAGCUCUGCUAGUUUAACAAACUUGCUGUUUGGUGGGGUCUGUGUAUAUUCAUGUUCAGGGCUUCACUAGUUGGAGGGGAGCGGGUCUUAGCAUUCCUGAUCUAGAACACCUGUGGAAUGGGGAGUGCAUGGACACCAACACUCUCCCAAUGUUCUGCUACAAAGUUCUUCAACAGUUAUAUUCAGACAUCCUGCUAGAUUAGUGUCGUCCAAACUCUAUACCCUCUAGAAUCUGUUCAUUUAUACUAAGCAUUAUUGUUAACUGCCUUUGGGUUGACCCCAACUCAUGUCAACUCUGUGGAUGAAACAUCUCCAAGACUCCCUAUCCUCCACUGUUCGGCUUCAGUCCUGCAGAUUCAGGCCCAUGACAUCCCUGU